AUGACUCGGACAGAUUCGUCGAUUUCGUGGCCUCCUUCCGCGGCUGUCACACGGAGCGCCACCGCUAAUCAGCCUUUUACUCGGACGUUUCAGCUCGUGCUCUCUGGGGAAGUCAUCUCCGCGUCCAUCGAGAGCGGCCUGGCCUCUGGUGCUCUCUUGUGUCGCUACUUGUUCGUCUACGGCCCCGACUGGAGCAUCAUUUCGGGCGAAGACCAAGCCAUUUCUCAGAGUGCCUACGCCGCUCGAGGCUCCAGCCGCGCCCUCUCGUUUUUUUCCUACCCUCUGCAUGCGGGCGGAGAGCAGGUCGUCUGGAAUCUUCCCUUCAGCCUCAUUUUUAAAUCCACGAACCCCUACGGGUGGCCUCGACUCGUUCUCUGCGUCUACGGGACAGACUGGCUCAACAGAAGAGUUAUCCUCGGAUAUACCUCCGCCCACGUCCCCACACAGCCUGGACGCCACGUGCGGACGCUGAAUCUCUACUCCAUCACGUCGUCUUCUUGGAUGCGAAGGUUCGUGGCUUGGAUGACUGGGUGUCGACCUGAGUUCGUGGAUCCGCAGACCGCCGCGCGCAGUGAAGGCAGGGAAGUUGUUCGCACGGAGAAUGCAGGCAGGAUCAAAGUCUGCUUCAACGUUUUGUCACGAGAUCUGCAGCAACUCCAGUACUCUCUCUGA